AAAAUAUAAAAAAGGAAAGCAGAGUAGGAAGCAAAUCAGCAACAUCUUUAUCUCAAUUCCACACGAAAAUCUGGGGUAGAUUCUUCCGAUACGCCAUUAUAAAGCUACCAAACUUAGAACUACCGUCACGUAAUUCCCACGCUUCAAAUAUCUUUCUCUUUUUUUUCUGAAACCCUAACACAAAACACAAACAAGUGAAACAUAAACAACCACCUUUUUCGCUUUCUGGGUCACUGAAGCAUUUCAUCGAAUGGCUUCUGAGCAUAACAACGACAACAGCACAAGCUACCAACCUUCGGAGCCAAGACCAUGCGCCAACGGUUGCGGCUUCUUCGGCACCGCCGGCAACAGAAACCUCUGCUCCAAGUGCUUCAGAGAUCUCUUCCUUGAAGAACAGCGUGCCGCUUCAGCCAAAGUCGUCGUUGAGAAAACCCUUCUCAAUGGCUGCGUUGCUUCCGGGUCCUAUCCUUCUUCGGACACCACCGACUCCUCUGUCGUUCCUGCGGCGGAGCCUCCUUCUUCCUCCGCUGCCGCAGCAGCGCCUUCCGGUCCCGUGAAGCCCUCGAACCGGUGCCGUGGUUGCAACAAGAAGGUUGGGCUGACGGGUUUCGUUUGCAAGUGUGGAGCGACGUUCUGCGGGGUUCACCGUUAUCCAGAGAGGCACGAUUGUCCGUUUGAUUUCAAGGGCGUUGGACGUGACGCAAUUUCCAAGGCUAAUCCUGUUGUGAAAGCAGAUAAGCUCGAUAAGUUUUAGGUUUCUUAAUUGGAUUUGUAUUAUGAUGGGUUGAUCAAUUCUCUUUGUUUUAGGCCACUUGAGAAUUUUAGGGUGUUAGAUUGAUCAUUCUGUUUAGGAAUGAGAAGAAGGAUUAAUAUUUUUUAAAAGUAGUAUAUAAAAAUUAAUUUUUAAAAUAUAAUUUUUUUAAAUUAUAUUAUUUAUGUUUAGUAAAUUAAAUUAAAAAUAAUUUUUAAUAAAUAUAAAUAACAAUAAUUAUGUUUGGUAAAAUAAUUUUAAAAAUUUAAAAUAGGAUAAUUUACUUAAUUAAAUAAAUUUCAUGAAUUCUUUAUUCAUAUAUACAAAACACAAAUUUGUUACGUAUAUGUGUAAUUUAUAUUAUUAGGUAAACUUUGGGAGUCAACCACGGUUUUUACUUUUUACAUAAACCGUGGUUGGCAGAGAUAGAUUAUUCAUAAAAAAAAUUGGUCCUAAACCGUAGUUGAGUCCCACGGAUUUUGAAGGGAAAAUGGUAGACAUAAACUAACCACGGUUUAUGAAGAAGAGGCAUUUAAAGGUAACCUUUUUGCUUCCUACGGUUUACGUCUUUAGAAGUAUAAAUUGAU